AUGAGCCGCGCAGCACUGGGCCCCGAGGGCCCUCGUGUGGCUCGAUACGGCUGCGUCGGCGGUCAGUGCGGGCGCCGGGCGCCACCCCUACUGCUGCUGCUGCCGGUGGUGGUGGUGGUGGUGGUGGUGGUGGGGGUCUCUCUUGGCGUACUGUGGUCUGUCCAGUCAAUAAUGGAGUGGUCAAGGCAACAAAUUGUCGAUUUAAUUGCAAUGUACCAGGGGGAGGAUUGUUUAUGGAACGUCCGGAGCAAGGAUUACAAAAAUACCGUUAAAAAACACGAUGCACUUGCAAAAAUUGCAGCAGCUUUUGGCACGGACAAGGGAAGUGUUGAGAAGAAAAUACGAUCGCUCGUGGUUGGGUACAGGCGCGAGAAAAGAAAAUUUAUUGCCAGCAGACCAUCUGGUAGUGGUGCAGACACUGCGUAUGACUCGAACUGGUUCGGCUAUCGGCUACUGCAGUUCUUGGACGAUGUACAUGAGGCAAAGGAGACAACAGAUACUGUGGAAAAUGAGGUUUUGGUACAUUCGCCAGAGGGCACAAAUGAGGAUGAAGAGGUUGCAGCUGGACCUUCCAGUCCUCCACCACCAAAAAUCAGAAGGAUGAUGGGCGAGAAAAAAGACAUGCAGCAACCCUUCAAGAUUGCGUCUCAAUUGCUAGCUAAAGUGCUGCAAAAACAAGAAGACAAGGACGAUGAAUGCAGUGCGUAUGGACACAUUCGUGCGCGACAGAGAGAUGUUAUUGUACCCUUCGUGCUGGACAUGUGGGUGGGUUACGCGAGUGUACAGAGUCAGCCGGCCGCGGCCACGAGUGGGCGACGCCAGCGCCUCGUGGCGGCGUCCGCCGCUAGGACGCGGGCGGCGAAGGUCGGCGGCGUCUCACGAGGAGGCGGCGGUUAUUGCCGACUGCCAUCACAUUACAGUCGUAAGAUCAUUAGACACCUAAUUGGCAAUUUCACUAAUUACCGCCGAGCACCGUCGGCAGAGGGCUGCCGGCUGCCGGCUGCCGGCUGCCGGCACACAUUAAGUCCCUCUCACGCUGCCUCCUGCUAA